AUGGCCAUCUCUCUUCGUUCCGUUCUAUUGGCUGGUGCCGUGAUUGGCGCCGCCUCUGCGAAGACUCAGAAGGUCGCCGGAUCUGUUGCUGCUCCCAAGGGUGAAAAGACCCUUACCCUGGGCGUUCUCGGUGACUUCGGUUGGAGUGGUUGGAGUCCCGCCAACGACUACUUCUGCAAUGAAGUGACUCCCGUCUUGACUGCCAACAACAUUACAAUCCCUCGCGAGUUACAGAAUGACUGUGACACUGGUGACCGCGCGGCUGCCCAAAAUGCUUCGUGGUCUCAGGCAUCUACUGCCACGUACAUUGGACAGAUUUGUGCCAUGAAGGACUGCUCAGCUUUCAUCUCCGUUGGAGACAACUUCUACGAUAGCGGCAUUGGCUUCACUACCACCGGUGUCAACCGCUUCCAGGAGACCUGGGUCGACAUGUACUCCGAGGGCGUCUAUGAAAAUGCCACCUGGUACCAAGCCCUCGGUAACCACGAUAUCGUUUACGGCCAGGCUGGUGUUGAUUUCCAAACCAAAUUGGCUCCCUUGUACGAUGACCGCUGGUACUUUGGUACCGAGGGAUUGCCCUACUAUACCUACGACCUUGCCGGCCAGGACUGGACUGCCACCUUCGUCGUCGUCGACUCUGACUGCUUCAUUGAGAAGUACCAGGAAAGCACUUCUGUUUAUCAGAAUGAGUAUACCACCUCGUGCUAUAAGACUAAGCAGACCCAGGUCGACUUCGUGACUCAGGCGUUUGCUAAGUCCAAGGCCGACUGGAAAUUCUUGCAGAUCCAUCACGGUUUCCUGUCAUCCAGCACCAAUUACACCGAGCUCUGGCCCAUGAUCUCUGUCGUCGAGAAGCACAACGGUGUUGUCCUUAACGGUCACGAUCACUGCGCUGCCCACUACGUCGGUAACAACACCAACUUUGUCCUCUCCGGUGCUGCUGGUUACCCCGAGGCUGGCGAUUGCAAUAACGGUGUCGCCUUGGGUUCUUAUGUCAAGUUCUUGGGUGCCGAUGCUGCAGGUGCUGGCAACGGUUUUGUUACCUUGGAUAUUAGCUCUGAGAAGUUGGUGUUUGAGUACUACAUGCGCGACAUGCAGUAUGAGGGUGGAGAUCUUUACCCUGUGAAGGAUGAUCUGAAGCCUAAGUACUCCUUCACCGUCAAGGACAAGGCUAAAUAG